GUAAGGCCUCCCUGCCCCUCUGGGGCACCAGACACUCACGGAGGCACUACCGGCUUCAGGGCGCUCUGUGAGUGAAGGCCGCUCUAGGACAAGCAAGAUCGAGAAGUACCUGCACCCUGUGCCUUUCAUCCAGACUAAUUUGGCUGGUUCAAGGGACGAUUACUUUGGAUAGCUUAUUACAGCUCCUCUCAUGACAUUCCUGGCGUGCAUGUCACAAGUCGCUAGGAUCAAGAACUGAGUCCCUUUUGCUCUCAGGGGCUCUUGGGGCCACCAGCCAAGAGUCCUCUUCUCUUGUAAAUGACUACUGAGGAAGACAAUGAAUGAGGUGAAAGAAUCCCUGCGAAGCAUCGAGCAGAAGUACAAGCUCUUCCAGCAGCAACAGUUUACCUUCAUCGCCGCUCUGGAGCACUGCAGAGAGAAUGCCCACGACAAGAUCCGGCCCAUCACCAGCAUCGGACAGGUGCAGAACUACAUGGAACACCACUGCAACAACUCCACAGACCGGCGCAUUCUGCUCAUGUUCUUGGACAUCUGCACGGAGCUGAGCAAGCUCUGCCAGCACUUCGAAGCCCUGCACUCUGGCACCCCAGUCACCAACAACCUCCUCGAGAAAUGCAAAACCUUUGUUAGCCAAAGCAGUGACUUAAGCAGCCUUAGAGCAAAGUAUCCUCACGACGUGGUGAACCACCUCAGCUGUGACGAGGCCAGGAACCACUAUGGAGGCGUGGUCAGCCUCAUCCCCAUCGUCCUAGACUUAAUGAAAGAAUGGAUCGCGCACUCGGAGAAGCUACCCCGCAAAGUGCUGCAGCCUGUGAGUGAGCCCCCGGAACGCCAGGAAGCCACGGGGGCAGGCACUCAUCCUUCCCAGGCCACAGGCACCAAGCCUUGGUUAAGAAAACAUGAGUAUAGGCAACUUACAAAAGACAGCUUCAAACCUAAGGGGAAAGACAAAGGAUGUGCUAAACCUCCUUGGAGACCACCUGGUGGGAAACUGUAACUCAGCUGGUGACCUGCUCCAUCCCCAUCCCAAACCUGCCCGCCCCCAGGGUGCUUUGUUGCUAAACUUGGUUUCCACUGGUUGAUCUAUUUUCAUCGGCACCCACAGUCCCUGCGAUUUAUUAAGCUCAAAGGGGAUGGCCCAAUAUAUUAGUGAGAACCUUUCUCCCACUCUUGCUUUAACUCCUAACUUCCUCACCUCUGAGCGUCAGGCUCUGUGCUGAUGAAGAGGACACCUGCUUACAGUGUUGUUGGUGGAGGGUGUCCUGGGGAGGCUGGUAAAGCGCUAGGGGCACUGACUGCCCACCCAGGUCCUCUCUGGGCUCCCACCCACCACCCUGCCAGGCCCGCCCACGCUGCAAGUCCAGCUUUCCAGGUGGAGCCAUCAAGCUGGAGGAGACUGCCCAGCUCCUUUCCCGCCACAGUGGCAACUGUAGGCAAGGCACUGCUCUCUGCUCCCACCUCCCAGGAUGGUGAGGGUCAGCACGCUGAACUUCCUCAGUGUGAUUAGGUCUCUGGACGAAAGCCCAAAGGGGAACAAACAUGCCUUUCCUCUCCUUUACGUGGGAGAGGAAGACUGUGAGAGAAGCUGGAAGAAUUCUGACUGUGUGGCUCCUGUACAAGGACAAUCACCUGACUUUCACAACAUAAUUAAGGCCCAGACUGUGUAAAAUGUGUCGCUGGCUUCUGAGCUGGCCAGAAGUACUGUCUGACUGUUGGUUUUUCCCUUCACAGGGGACGACUUAGCUUCUGUAUUCUUGCUUCCUCGGGGGCGACAGUCAAGAAUAAAGUGUUCUACCACCUCUCCGCCUGGCUUGGCUUCCUGGGAUUUACCCCUUAGACUAGACUGAUCCUAAGACAACAGAAGCCAGUGGGCAGUAGCAUCCCAAACAAAACAACUAGCAGAGAGCAACCACUAUAGACAGGCGUAUACCCAGUUCCAGAAAGAAGGUGCUCUGAAGAGCUUUGUGCCAAAGACCCUCAGAAGGCCAGCAAAGUAACUCCUUGUAUAGAGACCUAUCAGACAAGAGCAUCUGAAUUCUCCAGACAAAAUUAAAAGCUGCCACCUCUGAGUCUUUGUCUCAAAGGAUCUGCUUCCACUAUUAAAAUGGGCAGAGUAUACUGACUUCCAGGGGCAGCUGGGCAGGGGCAAGCAAUUGAAAACCACAUUGCAAAUGGAGCUCUUCAUCCCUGGUCUUUCCCCAGCAUGUCCCAAGCAAGAGGUGGUAAGGCCAGGGAGACCUAAGCAUCGUUUAAAGGUUGUUUCCUGCCUUCUUCCAAACAGCUGAGGGCACGUGGAAGGCGGUGGAUGCUAGCCGCAUGUUUUCAUUGGCACAUGCACAGAACACAACUGGCAAGGCUCAAGCCCAGUAAGCUGUCGACCAUGUCAGUAUCACUUAGGCUCUACCAAAAGGGCUGUAUUAAACCCAAGGCGCCGGCCGACCCUUAGGAAUGCAAGCACACACUAAAAGGAGGGCUGGACGGCAGUGCAGACCCUGUGGGCCUCCUGGUUUUGAGUUUUCUGGUAGGGAUGACUCAAGCCAGCACCUCCCCCACCACCAUGCCACUCUUCGGGGGAAGGGCAUGAAUUUGAGGCAGAUAAAGGUAGGAUUUGUGUGUGUUUGCCAAGUGAUCUGCCAGAACGAAAAGAGUCAGAGACUACAGCCAGAUUCCACUUGUCACACCCUCCUCCAGGCACCUGAGGUACCCAACGAAUGCAGACCCUGAGGCUCCUGCGUCUUUGGACUGGUCCCUACUCUGCCUGUGAGGCCCUCAGGGCCGACACGAGUCACUUCAUGUCAACACAGCAGAGUAGUGCAAAACAAUAAAUUUUUAUUUGUUCACAGUUAAACACAAGCAACUGCCUUGACAUUUUAGAACAUUCUAAGAAGGACAGCAAACCCUUUUGAUUCCAAUUCCCAUUCACUAAGAUUGUACCAUUUUCUCUCGCAGUUCAUGUUUAUGGCAUCUGAUGUGGAUUGUUUGACAUGCUUUUAAGUUGAGGCGGGAAGGUUGAAACCUUUUGACAAGAGAUGACUUUCUUAAAUUUAACUAAAAGCAGUCAGUUAAAAAAAAAUCUGUUUUUCACUGAUGGGACCCUUUUAAACUGCAAGUUAGCCACAUAUGGUUGAUCCAUGAUUGAGUUAUAAAACUAGAUUAUGUCUUAGCAAAAUCUGUUCCUCCGCAAUAUAAUUGUGGUCCAUAGAAGUCUUCUGAAAAGUGAUCACUGAUUCCUCCUAGUGCAAAAUGCCUGGCUGCCUCUUUGAUAAGCCAAAGUAUCUGCUGCAUGAAGCAGCACCGUACCCUCCUGUCCAAACACUGCAUCAAGGUGGGGGAAGGGAGGAGGGGUUGGUCGGGGGGUGGGGUCUCAAAACUCGCAGGGGUCUUCUCUAAAAGAUCUAGUCCCAUGUUUCAACUAGCCUACUUAUCCCAGAGGAUGCACAACUUUGUGGCAUUGGGAAGGGAAGAGGGGAGAAAGUUCCUCUGUCUUCAUUAACUCAUUUCAAGGCCAAAAGCAGUCGUGGGUGCAGGUGCUCGACUAUCCCAGGCAGGUUUCACUUGUAGUUACAGCCACUCUUCUCUCAGGCGAACAUACACAGACUGCAGGACAGUGUGGAAAAGGUGGCAACACCGCUCUCCCUGGGCACACCAGAGUCAUGGGCCAGGAAAUGAGCCACAUGGGGACAAGGGUCACAGCAGCAGCCGAGGGGCCAGGCCCCGACCUAAACUUGUUCUUUCACCUACAGAGAAAAGCUUAAUCAAGUGCAAUCAAUUCCUUGGCAGCGGUCCAGGGGAGGGGAGGGCAGGGGCACAUGUCACAGAACUCUGGAUGUAAACAGAUACACAGACAUCUUCAGACUGGAUACGUUUUCCCAUACUCAUUGCCAGUCAGUCGUAGAGCAUGUACCUCCAAGAGUGAAAAUGCGGCAGAGUAAGGGGUGCUGACUUGGAUCAUUUCACAAAGGACAGCUUUCUUCCCCAUGUGAGAUGUACACUCCGGGGUGGGAUCAGGCUUCUCCCAGGACCACUCUGCAGAGGGCUGGCCUCUCAGAGUAUCUGCAAAAGGUAGGUGGCACUCCACCUCGACUGCAGUCCUGGACUGAGCCUUCACUCUGCUCAAACCCUCCUUAAACCUGUUCAUACUUUCUACCACCUCUUAGUGCCUUCAGUUAGAAAAACUGUGUAUCUUCACAGAGUACUUUCUUCCAUUUGUUCUUCAGUUAUCUCUUUCUGGCUUCAAGUGGUAUGUUCUAGUAUUUGGUGAAAAUUCACAUUGGCUAGUCACAGCACAUCUGUUAUGUUCUCUACACAGAAACACCCAAUUUUUUUAUUCUUAACUGUGAGUCUGAACCUCCGUGGUCCAGCUCAUACAAAUCCACUCAUUGCCACGAUCAUUUCAUUCAUCCUCUUCUACACAACUGCUAGAGUUUUACCUUUCUCAACAGAAACACCGGAAACUACAUGUGCUGUAAACGAGAACAGCCCAGAGUCUGGAGUUGUUUCCUGUUGCCCUGAUUUUGCCCAGUGAGGUGCUGGCCUCUUUGGCCACGGUGGCAUGAUGGGCUAAUUUUUCCAACUGUCAGUGGCUUCCAGGACCUUUUCCUGGAUUGUAACAGUUUACUUUUUAAGAAAAAUUCAGACUAUUUCCCCCUAAACACAGUACACACAUUCUGGCUCACAAAGUAGCUUAUUUAUCAUUUCUCUCUCCACUUAAAGAGCCUAAUAAGAACCUUCAGCAGCUUAUUCCCAAAGGCUAGGCAGUUUUCUCUCCUGAAAAUCUCUGCUGACAAACCUAGGGAGGUCAUGUCUCCUCAGCCACCUUGCUAGUCUUAGCACUCAUCUCCAAGGAGACCUUUUAAAACUUCUUGACCCAAGAAAUGACCUUUCUUUCCUACCUUUGGAUUUCAGUCAGUUUUUGUAUUCAGAACCAGAUACUUCUUCCAAUCCCACAGUAAUAAUCUAUGUGGACUUUAUGGCAGAGCCUUGUCUCAAGCUUUUUAAAAAUUCACCAACAUUCUGUGUGCUGGAGGUCCACUUGCUGAUUUACCUGUAGUAGAUUCGGGAACUCAUUUUCUCUCUGGAGACCAGGCUGCCAUCUUCUUCUACCCCUCCUCCUUCUGCUGCACCCCUCCCCCCACCCCCCAAAUAAAUUGUAGUGCUCCUUUUUAAACAAACUUCAUGCUGCCCAAGAAGCAGACUCCAAUCUUCUCAGGGUCUGUGCUAACCCUGGUUAGUGUCAGGUGGGGAUCAGGGUAAGUUACAGACAUUGGUCAAACGGCUCUGAGGCAGGGAAGCUUGCUCAGAGUGACUUUGGACAGAGGCUAUCCAAUCCUGACAUUUAGGAAUACCAUGCUGCUUAAUCAGUCUCAAGACAGGACCUGCCUGUAAAGCUAACUGCUCUAAUGCCUUUGUCCUGCCGAUUCCCAGACCUGAGUUCUCUCUCAGGAGCUCCUCUACUAUCACCUUUCCAUCCUUAAAAAUACUUGCUACAGGAUAAUCAAGUCCUGUCCACUCUUGGCAGGUUUAUCAUUUUCAAAACCAGACCAAACCUUACUACUAACUCGAGUCCUUUGCAACAUAAAGCCUAAAUUUUUAGGUUGGUAACAUCCACAAGACUCCAGGCCCUAACCCCCAAGUCUUGGCUGAAUAAAACCCAUGGCCUCCUAGAACCCAAAGGAAGCUGAGUGCAGCUCUUCCGGGUCAGCAAACAGACACCCAGGCCAGAGGGAUGGUGGUUUUACCUGCCCAUGGAACCUCCAGCCCAGGCCUCAGUCCACUUCACCACACUGCCUUCUCCUUCCCUGUAUUUUUGCAAUCUGCCUGUUUUUUUCUUUCUUUGCAUUGGCCUCCUUGCCUUUGCCAGCUGGUCAGGGAAAAG